AAGUGACGUCAUGUCACCUGCUGCCGCGUGACGUCACGAGAUAUCAGGAAACUGGUGCUCCGUGCGGGCACUCAAUCCGAGGGAAAACCGGAGGAUCCGGAGGAAAAUCCACGCAACCACGGGGAGAGAGAGAUACGCGAACUCCAAAUAUACAUCCAUAAUACAGCUGACGUUCCUCUGAUGCUUCCUCUGCAGAAUUGGUCUGAUGGAGCAAAGGCAUUCAGCGCAGCUCGCUAAAAAAAGGCAACAAUGCGACCAGUAUGCAAACAGCACAGAUCGUACUGGAAACUUGACACAACACCAGAGAAUUCACACAGGAGAGAAACCCUUCAAGUGCUGUGUGUGUGGGAAGGCAUUUUUAUAUUCAUCUACUCUUAAAACACACAAGAGAACACACACAGGAGAGAAACCAUUCAAGUGCACUGUGUGUGGGAAGUCGUUUGCAGGGUCAUCAGUUCUUCAGAGCCACCAGAGAAUACAUACGGGAGAGAAACCCUUCAAGUGCACUGUGUGUGAGAAGACAUUUGCACGGUCAUCAGUUCUUCAGAGCCACCAAAGAACACACACGGGAAAGAAACCCUUCAAGUGCACUCUGUGUGGGAAGGCAUUUGCAGAGCCAUCACAUCUUAAAAAACACAAGAGAACACACACAGGAGAGAAACCCUUCAAGUGCAGUGUGUGUGGGAAGGCAUUUUCAGAUUCAUCUACUCUUAAAACACACCAGAGAACACACACAGGAGAAAAACCAUUCAAGUGCACUGUGUGUGGGAAGGCGUUUGCACAGUCACCACAUCUUAUAACACACCAGAGAACACACACUGGAGAUAAACCCUUCAAGUGCAGUGUGUGUGGGAAGGCAUUUUCAGAUUCAUCUACUCUUAAAACACACCAGAGAACGCACAUAGGAGAGAAACCAUUCAAGUGCACUGUGUGUGGGAAGUCGUUUACACAGUCAGCACAUCUUAUACAACACCAGAGAAUUCACACAGGAGAGAAACCCUUCAAGUGCUGUGUGUGUGGGAAGGCAUUUUUAUAUUCAUCUACUCUUAAAACACACAAGAGAACACACACAGGAGAGAAACCAUUCAAGUGCACUGUGUGUGGGAAGUCGUUUGCAGGGUCAUCAGUUCUUCAGAGCCACCAGAGAAUACAUACGGGAGAGAAACCCUUCAAGUGCACUGUGUGUGAGAAGACAUUUGCACGGUCAUCAGUUCUUCAGAGCCACCAAAGAACACACACGGGAAAGAAACCCUUCAAGUGCACUCUGUGUGGGAAGGCAUUUGCAGAGCCAUCACAUCUUAAAAAACACAAGAGAACACACACAGGAGAGAAACCCUUCAAGUGCAGUGUGUGUGGGAAGGCAUUUUCAGAUUCAUCUACUCUUAAAACACACCAGAGAACACACACAGGAGAAAAACCAUUCAAGUGCACUGUGUGUGGGAAGGCGUUUGCACAGUCACCACAUCUUAUAACACACCAGAGAACACACACUGGAGAUACACCCUUCAAGUGCAGUGUGUGUGGGAAGGCAUUUUCAGAUUCAUCUACUCUUAAAACACACCAGAGAACGCACAUAGGAGAGAAACCAUUCAAGUGCACUGUGUGUGGGAAGUCGUUUACACAGUCAGCACAUCUUAUAACACACCAAAGAACAGACAGGCAUCAGAAGAUCCACAAAGAGUGGAGUCUGAAAUCUGCUUGUGAAAGUCAAAGUGCUGCAAUGAGCCCAUCCCUCGUGAAACAAAAAACUGAAGAAAAUCCCAGCUUGGACACUUUGAAAGGUAUCAAGGUGAAAUGUGAAGAGGUGAAGGUGAAAUGUGAAGAGGUGAAGAUGAAAUGUGAAACAAUGGUGAAAUGUGAAGCAAUGAUGGUAAAGAUCGAAGAAGUGAAGGUUAAAUAUGAAGAUGAAGAUUCAACUCCAAAUCUAACCUUCACAUCGAUGGAGGCAACGUAAAGCAGGAGGAGAAUUCUGAUUCUGAGGCAGAGCGAGGCAACUCCCAGCAGUUUGUGGAAGUGGAGGUGUGGCUGGACUUUUUAGACAAUACAAAGUCAAGGGGAGAUUCGGUAGAUGUGUAAGCUUGAGACAAUGAAGCUCCAAUAGAUUUACCUUUGUCACAGGCCUUUAAUGAAAAGAAUGUGAAGGUGAACCCUCAAUUCCUAGGUUCAACCUGCAGAGUAAGAGCGGCCAGUAUUUAUGGACCUGUGGGUUGGGUAGAUGUCUAACCAAGAGCGAGAGCCAAUAAGCUCCCAAGCUUCCACAUAUAAUUAUAAUGUUUGCAUUCAUAAGGUGCUUGCUUAAUUCCCUCAGUAGGGUGCGAUAAUUGAUGUGUAAUCUCCGUUGUGUAAUUUCUAGAUAAUGUUUGGAAUUACCCAAAUCUUGACCAUGAUACCAACAUGCAAUGACCUAAGCAUUUUGAAUGACACAAUAGUAUGUUUUACAUCCACUGUUCAGCAGACGGUGGAAAUUUUGGUUAAUGUUACUGGAGUAGCCAUGGGUGCCUGUCAGAUUUCAACAUUGAACCUCUGCAAUAAAUAGAUAAUGUGCGA